AGGGCUCCCUGACUUGUGAAGGACCGCAGGUGCUGAAGAAGACGCUGAGCCAGGCGAGGCAGCAGCGUCGUGUAUCGCAUAAACAGCCAUGGUGGGGACCACUUUGUUGAGGAUCGCUGCGGACCAUUGGGUGCCUUGGGUGCGGGCGGUGGAACACGACAACGGGACAUUCACCCUCGACGGCCCAAUGGACAACCUUCUCCAAACCUUGGCCUUGAAGCUCGACUUCCAGUACGAGCUGGUGCAUCCGCCGGACCGCGUGUGGGGCAUCCUGACCCGCGACGGAAACUGGACAGGGAUGCUGGGCAUGCUGCAGCGGGAGGAGGUAGAGAUCGCGCUGGGUCCGUUCGGUGUUUCUCGAGCGCGGGAAACUGUGUGUGACUUCUCCGAGCCCAUAUACGUGGACAGUUAUGCCAUACUGACAACCCGACCCCGUCUCGAGAGUGACUGGUCCGGAUUUCUCAAACCCUUCACCUCCAACGUGUGGUUGCUGGUGCUGAUGGCUUCUGUGAUCACCUGCGUGAUGCUGACUUUUAUCGCCCGGCAGGAGAGCAAGAUCUUCAGCACUCCUUACAGGUACUCCUUGGCUACCGCUGUCUUGUGGGUUUUGAAGUCGCUCACACAGGAUGGAAUGAAGGAACUUCCCAAGACUGACGGGAGCCGCCUGCUGGUGGUGACGUGGCUCCUGGUCUCCUUUGUCUUCAUGUCCUCCUACAGCAGCACCCUGACAGCCAAGCUCACCGUGCCUCGAGUCGUCAUUCCCAUCAACUCAGUGGAAGAUCUGGUGUCGCAGACCGCCAUGCCCUGGCGCCUGGAGUUCGGCACACUCUUGUUUCAAUAUUAUCAGGAAGCGACGGAGGGGCUGCCGAAGGCCGUGUUUGACGGCAGCGCGGGGACCUUCAAUGACUGCUGGACCGAUAGGAAGUUGAUUGCCCAAGGCCAAUUUGCCGGCAUCUGCGACAAGACCACAAUGAAGAUGGACAUGUCUUGGGACAUGAGCUCCACGGGACAAUGUCGCUUCUACAUCACUGGAGACUCCAUCUACAGCCCCGUCAUGAUCGCUGUGGCUUUCAAGACAAACUCUCCCUACAAAGAAAGAGUCGAUUAUUGGAUCUUGAGGCUGAGGGAGUCUGGUCUGAUCAACCUGUGGCUGAAGAAUGAGAUCGGUGACAUCUCGCAGUGCCUCCGGCCGCCCUCCGCCAGCGCCGCCACCCACGCCUCGGCCCUCGAUCUCGAUGCAUUCAUGGGUUCCUUCCUGGUGUUGGCUGGAGGAUUGGCGGCAGGGACGCUGGUGUUCCUGCUGGAGAUGUGUGUGGCCGCGACACUGAAGGAGCUCAACACAUACUGACGACGACGACGCUGCUGCUAAUACAACUUUCCAUGCCUGGGCAUCCUUAUAAAUGUAUUGAAAACAUGUAACUUUAAUGUUUGAAUAAUAAAAUGAUUUAAUUUCUCACAGUAUGAAAACAACCACUUGGGCUGGACGGUAGAGCGACGGUCUUGCUUCAUGCAAGUCGGCGUUCAA